CAGUGCGCUGUGUCUCUCGGACACAGAGGAUCACCGAUCCACGGAAAGAGCCGAAGAUGUCGGCUCAGUCAUGUGAUCAGCGGUGUCCAUUCACAGCUGAUCACAUGGGACAUGUACACUGAUCAUCAGGGUACUGAUGAUCAGUGUGCCCUGAUGAUCUGUGUAGCCCCAGCAGCGCCACCUGUCAGUGUCCAUCAGUGCCAGCUCUCAGUGCUCAUCCAUGCCACCUGCCAGUGCCCAUCAGUGCCACAUUUUAGUGCCCAUCUGAGCUGUAUUUCAGUGUUACCCAUCAGUGCCACCUAUCAAUGCCAGUCAGUGCCACCUAUCAGUGCUGCCAAUCAGUGCCAUCUAUCAGUGCUGCCUAUCAGUGCCAGUCAGUGCCGCCUAUCAGCGUGCAUAAGUGCCACCUAUCAGUGCCCGUCAGUGCUGCCUAUCAGUGCCACCUAACAGUG